AGUUUAAGAAGUAACUUUCUGUGGAAAUCAUGAAGAUUGCUGUGGGUAUUCUGUUGGCGUUGAUCGUCUCAGUGUCAUCCAGGGAUAUUAAAUUAUCAGGAGGUGGUCAAAAUCAAGAUGACGUGGUCGACCAAAAUUCCCUAAUACCAGAGGGUCGAAUUAUUAAUGGUGGUACAGCACAAGAAGGACAAUUUCCCUAUCAAGCUCUUUUAACUAUAAGAUAUGGUUUAUUGGGCUUAUUGACUAAUGUAUGCGGUGGAAGUAUCAUUGGUGAUGGAUGGAUUUUAACGGCUGGCCACUGUUACCAACAACCCAGCCUGGGGUCUCAGGUGUCCUACGAGGUCACAGUGGGUUCUUUAUCUGCUAGUGGUACUGGUGGAGAGAAAGAUACCGUACUCCCUCCCAACGCUUUCCUUCAUCCAAACUACAAAUUUGAAAAUAAUAUUCCUAUAAACGAUGUUGCUGUAGUGAAAACCAGAGUAUUUCAAUAUUCGUCAAAUAUUCAACCAAUACCGCUGGUAGGAUCUGGUUUGACCUUGGAAGGAAGCCAGUUCACGGUUUCGGGUUUUGGUUAUACAAGCAACAGUGGGCCAGUAUCGAAUGUUUUGAAGUACGCUAGGAUUAUUGGAUUGGAACCUGAAUCGUGUGAAUUUGGCACACCGAAUGAAGCAUGGUUCUGUGCUGGUGCCGAUGCCUCUGCUUCAAAUGGGGGCACGGUCUGUUCUGGAGAUUCUGGAGGACCAGUAACAAUAAUCAAAAACAAUGUGGUAAUGCAGGCUGGCGUUGUAUCAUUCGGCAGCACAGAUUGUGCUGCUAAUCCAGCAGCAUAUGCAGAUCUCACAAAUGAAAUUAUUUUGACUUGGAUAUUGAAUGCAGUAGCAGUUUAGGGUUACCCUGUAUCACCUAAAUAAAAUUUUAUAAAUUCAACAGUUUUGUAUAUUUCAUGGAGUAAGUAGUUUAAAAAAUGUGUAUAAUUAUACCAAAUAUUGUAGUCAGUUCCAAUAAAGCUACCUAGCUGUCACAAAUC